AUGGCCAUUGUAUAUCUUGCUCUAGGCUUAGUGUUGCUGGGGUUCGCACUGUGGAAGCUCUUUUGGAUUCUGAUAGACCCAUUUGUGUCUACUCUGCGCGACCUGCCGGGCCCCCAGGGCUCAAGCUGGUUGUACGGGAACCUGAAGGAGAUUUUCAAUGCCGACAAUUCGGUCUUGCAUGAGGCGUGGGUGGAGAAGUACGGAAAUACGAUCAAGUACAAGGGAUGGCUGAACAGGGACAGGCUGUUUACCAUGGAUACGAGGGCUUUGAAUUAUGUUCUAAGCCACUCGAAUGAAUAUCACAAGCCGGAUUUGGCCCGAAUUAGCUUGGGCAUGAUUUUGGGCGAGGGUAUUUUAGUCGUUGAAGGCGAACAGCAUCGUCAGCAGAGGAGAAUCAUGAAUCCCGCUUUUGGACCUGCUCAGAUUAGGGAACUAACUGAGAUAUUUGUAGACAAAGCUAUCCUGCUUCGUGACUAUUGGAGUGCUGAGCUCGGAAAACAUGACUUGCCUUACCGAAUCGAUGUACUCAAGGGAUUGAGCAAAAUGACUUUGGAUGUGAUUGGUCUAGCCGGUUUCAAUUACCAUUUUGACUCGCUGAACACCGAAGGAAAGCCCAACGAGUUGAAUUCCGCGUUUGACACAAUGUUUCGAUCUUUGGAAGGCUUCUCUUUGAUACCCAUGCUGAAAGCGUUCUUUCCACCGCUCCGUGUGAUUCCUGACAAUCGAGAGCGCCAGAUAGCCGCCGCCCAGAAUGUGAUGAAGCGGAUUGGUAUGCAGUUGAUCGCAGAGAAGAAGGCGGAAGUACUGAGGAGUACCAAGUCUGGCGAGAAGAGUGAAGACGGCAUGCACGAUCGCGACUUGCUUACGCUACUUAUAAAAGCGAACAUGGCCACGGACCUGCCAGAAAGUCAGCAACUAUCUGAUCAGGACGUUUUAGCACAGGUUCCAACUUUCCUGAUCGCAGGACACGAAACGACGAGCAAUGCCACUGCAUGGUGCCUGUAUGCCCUCACUCAAGCGCCAGAGGUGCAACAGAAGCUGCGUGAGGAGCUGUUGAGCGUACCGACUGAGAACCCCACUAUGGACGAGCUGAAUGCGUUGCCGUACUUGGAUGCCGUAAUACGCGAGACUAUGCGCGUACACGCGCCAGUGCCGUCAUCGAUCCGAGUUGCUACAAAGGACGACGCGAUCCCGCUGAACACUCCGUAUAUCGACAGGAAGGGGCAGACGCACCACGAGAUUAGGGUCAGGAAAGGGGAUCCGAUCUUCAUUCCAAUUUUGGCUGUGAACAGGUCAAAGGCACUUUGGGGAGACGAUUCCUUUGAGUUCAAGCCAGAGAGAUGGGAGCGCAUUCCAGAGACAGCGCAAAGCAUUCCAGGAGUAUGGGCGAACAUGCUGAGUUUCCUGGGCGGGCCACGCUCAUGCAUUGGCUAUCGGUUCUCCAUCGUCGAGAUGAAAGCGCUCCUGUUCACCCUGGUGCGUGCUUUUGAGUUCAAGUUGGCCGUGCCCGCGGCGGACAUGACCAAGCGAUCGGCGGUUGUGCAGCGGCCCUUCGUACGAAGCGAGAUGGAGAAGGGGAACCAGAUGCCCCUCCUGAUCACGCCGUACAAACGCGUCUGA